ACCACCUUAGAAUUACAGUCAUCCGGUUAGGGAAUCCAGACUGUAAAGAGAUUCGUAAAAAAUUAACAAGGCAUCAACUGCUGCUUUCGGCAUUAACAUCGUAAAGCAGCUUUGCCUGCUUAGCACACCACACACUAUAAGCUUGCCUAAGGAUUAUAAUAAUGCAUGCAAUCCACCGCGGCUUUGCACACCAUACCGCCGAGGAUGGCUCCUUUGCCGCAUCUACAUCCAAGCUUCCGGUGCUCCAGUACUACCCGUGUCGAGGCCGCGCUGAACCCAUUAGGCUGGCGUUGUCGUACGUGGGCCAGGAGUGGUUCGAGCCGCCACCUGCAUCCCUGAAGCAGAUCGUGUCCCUCAUGCAUGGCGAGUUUGACGGCUACCCCUUCAGGCAGCUGCCCCGCUUCAUCGACGAUGGGGAGGUGGACCUGGUGCAGAGCCAGGCCAUCAUGAGGCACCUGGGCAGGAAGUACGAUUUGUACGGCGCCAACAUGAUCGAGGCGGGUCAGAUCGACAUGCUGAUGGACGGCGUCCUGGAGCUGCGGGGCAAGUUACGUACGCUGGCAGUGGAGCAGCAGUUCGAGGCGGCCGCCCGGCAGCGCUACGAGGAGAGCGUGCUGGCGGCCGAGGAGGAGCUCAAGAAGGCGGGGAUGCAGGGCCCCGGGCUGGCAAGCUUUGAGUACCCUCUCUCCCGGCGGCGCUACUCGGAGGCGGGAUGGCUGGUGGGGGGCAGCCCCUCCAUCGCGGACUUCGCGCUCUUCGACCUGGUUGAUCUGCACCUGGACCACCUCCCCGACCUCAUCCGCACCCGCUUCCCCGCCCUGGCGGCGCACCACGCCAAGGUGGCGGAGCUGAAGGGCGUGAAGGAGUACCUGGCCAGCGAGAACCGCUACCCGCUGGCGUUCGCGGCGGACUGGGUGCGGGCGCACUGGGGCACCGAGCCCAAGUGAGGCCGCCGCAUGGCUUGGGCUGGCAGUCCGCAGCUGUGGUGCGGAAUGUGUGGUGCGGGCGAAGAGGUCGUGUUGGAUAUGGUCGUUUUGGCGUGUGUAUGGUGCUGCUAAUGCGUGUGAGGCAUGAGUACUGCAUGUGGUGUACUUGGCAUGACGCCGUGAUGCGUGCUGUUGGUCAUGGCAUCAUAACCUUCAUUGGAGACGGAUUUUAUAAAAUGGUUGUGGUUUUCAUCUGGAUGAACUUUUGGCGGGCUGGACACUGCUUCGUGGGGCUGCUACGCCUGCUUGGCGUUAGCGCCCUUUCGGAGUACGGACUGCUGUAUAUGGGUGCGGGGAGGCGGUAGCCGUGCGGCAGAUGAUAUGUUUUCGCCGCAGAUGGACUGUGUGGCACGUAAGGCUCAGCGCGUUCCAUGCAGGAAGACGUGUUCGGAUGACUGCAUGAAACAGCUGUACUCUUGAAGUGUUCAACGCUGCUGGGUGGGAUGCCUAGACGGCAUCAACUAGUACCGGUGCCUAGAGGUGUACGAUUGUAAC